UUUUUUUAUCUAAGGGAGGGAGGAAACUACACGGUUGUGCUGACUACAAACCAGGAAGAGCAUACACUCAGAACAAAGGAUAUAAGGCUUAACGCUUUAAAGAUAUAUGAAAAGGGAAAACACUUUUACUUAACACUGGGAUUUAAAAAACGAUUAAGACGGGAGGGGUUGAUCAUAGUCGAUGGUAGUGGUAUGAUACGGCUUCAUGGUAUGUUGGACCCGGACGAAAGUUGCAACUGCAAAUGAGCUCCAACAGUGCACGUGGCUGUCCUCCCAACGAAUCCACCAUGCCAAUCGAACUGGCCAUGCCGCUUUAUCUGUCAAAUGAAGAGUUCCUGAACCCGAGGGCAUCUAAGUACAGCAGGCCCUUGCGACCAUGUCUACACCCGUGUCAAAGUAACAAACUUAGUUUUAGCUCUUCUAGAGAGCAAUCAGAGUUGAAUGGCAUCAGCACACCCCUGACGAAACCUAGCAGGGGCAAAAAACAUGUAUCUUUUGCUGAUCACAAGGGCCUCGCCCUGACAAUGGUGAAGAUCUUUUCUGAAUUUGAUGACCCCAUCGAAAUCCCAUCCAGAAUUGAGCAGUUCUUAAGCCCUUCUCUGACUUUAUCAGAAAGGAAGGACAAGUUAACCCUCGACUUUGACCAGCCGUCUGCAGAUUACUUAAAGUUCCGUCAACGUAUAGAGAAUGAUCAUGUUUGCCUCGAACACUGCAUGCUUAAGGAAAAAUCUAUAGCGGGGAUGGUCAAAGUUAAAAACCUUUCAUUCGAGAAGUCUGUUAAGCUUCGCAUUACCUUUGACACUUGGAAGAGCCACACAGACAUAAAUUGCCAGUACGUAAAGGACACUUACACCGGCACGAACCGCGACACCUUUUCGUUCGAAGCUAGCUUGCCUGAUCAGGUGCCCCCGCAUGAACACAUUGAGUUUGCCAUUUGCUAUGAGGUCAAUGGCGUCACAUUCUGGGAUAACAACCAAGGACAGAAUUACCGAAUCAUUCAGUCAGCACUGAAGAAGAGUUCAAAUAACACAAGCGAUGGCCAUCAGAGAUAUGGCGUGAGUGAUUGGGAUGUUCAUUUUGACCGUUUUGGCAGCCCCAGAUGUUCUCAGGGAAUCUUUCCCAGUUGGCCAAGCUAUGCUGGGUAUGAAGACAUUGGUCCGUAUUACUAAGAAUCUACUUUUGGGGCAGUUUGUCCUGCACACAUACCCAUUAGACAUUGUGAUAAAUGCCUCUUUAAAAUGCUACUUUAAAAACACAGCAACUUGUUGUUCUUUGGCCUCUAAUUCAAAUACUUGUCAGAUUGUAAAGCCCUGAAGACACUUGAGAUAUUUAUCAUUAAUAAUAAUGAAUUAUGUGGUCCAAAAAUACAAGUUAUGUUUUUAGAAAUACUGUUCAUGGUGCAAUAUGAUUGUAAUAACGAGGGUAAGUUUCUGUUUAUUUUCCAAUGUCUGUCAGUUGCAUUGAUGCACGUUUCUGUAGGGUUGUGUGAAUGUUCUUGUGGUUGAUUUGGGUUUGAAUGGAUUUGCAUGGACCUUUAUAAUAUAAUACAAUGUUCAUUUAAGUGUGAGUGAAUCUGCAGGCCAGGAUAAACUGUAAAUCAUGACCAUAAAGUUCAGUUGACAAGUUUGCUGAUUAUUUCUUUGAGAAAGACAAACUGUCAACAUGAUAUAUAUUUUUUGAGCUAAGAGAAAAGACAGAAUGGCUCAAAAAAGAAAAAGUGUUUUUCCCAGAAAUGUGAAAUUUGAGAUGGAUACAUGUAUGCAAAUUGUCAUGUGUUUUGUUCUUUCCUGAACAGCUAAUUUUAAUGUAAAACUAAACGUAUUUCUGUAUUUUAAUUGACUAUGACUUAUUUUCACUGUAAUUGACUGCACAACAGGAUUAUGAUAUUAGUGAUGGAAGUAAAAUGUCAUUUUUGUUCUAGGUAAUGUAUGCACUUUAUUUUGUUGCAGUGUUUAAUUUCUUGUCACCCAUUUUAAAUUGCAUUGUUUGAAUGUAAAUACAAGUUUGUCAAAACCACUUUAAAGCUGUUGUAAAAAAGUUCUCUCUAUGGUAUUAGGUAUGUUCAAUAUGUGCAUUUUAAUGCAAUGUUUUAAGUGUUCAUAGUCAUUAAAAACUUCAAAUAAAGUAUUGGCAUAUGAAAGCAAA